AGAUAAGUUUACAUGUAUUGCAGACCAGACCAGAAGCACUUCUGACUUCAGAUCUGUGAGUUUUGGAGGUGUCCACAAAGCAAAUCUUUAAGAUCAGAAAAUGAGUGAACUUGACCAGUUACGGCAGGAGGCCGAACAACUGAAAAACCAAAUUAGAGAUGCUAGAAAAGCAUGUGCAGAUGCGACUUUGUCUCAGAUCACAGCCAACAUUGAUCCAGUGGGUCGGAUCCAAAUGCGCACCAGAAGAACGCUGAGGGGGCACUUGGCUAAAAUUUAUGCAAUGCAUUGGGGCACUGAUUCCAGGCUUCUAGUCAGUGCCUCCCAAGAUGGCAAGCUCAUCAUUUGGGAUAGCUACACCACAAAUAAGGUCCAUGCCAUUCCUCUGCGUUCAUCUUGGGUCAUGACCUGUGCAUAUGCACCUUCUGGCAACUACGUGGCCUGUGGUGGGCUUGACAACAUCUGCUCCAUUUACAAUCUGAAAACUCGUGAGGGAAAUGUGCGCGUGAGUCGUGAGCUGGCUGGGCACACAGGUUACUUGUCAUGCUGCCGCUUCCUGGAUGAUAAUCAAAUUGUCACCAGCUCUGGAGACACCACUUGUGCUUUGUGGGACAUAGAAACUGGCCAACAGACAACCACCUUCACUGGGCACACCGGGGAUGUCAUGAGUCUUUCUCUUGCCCCUGACACCAGAUUAUUUGUUUCUGGAGCUUGUGAUGCUUCAGCCAAACUGUGGGACGUUCGAGAAGGAAUGUGUCGGCAAACUUUCACCGGCCACGAAUCUGACAUCAACGCCAUCUGUUUCUUUCCAAAUGGCAAUGCAUUUGCCACAGGUUCAGAUGAUGCCACCUGUAGGCUCUUUGACCUCCGAGCUGACCAGGAGCUGAUGGUGUAUUCCCAUGACAACAUCAUCUGUGGGAUCACCUCGGUAUCCUUCUCCAAGAGCGGCCGCCUCCUGCUGGCUGGAUAUGAUGACUUCAAUUGCAAUGUCUGGGAUGCACUUAAAGCAGACAGAGCAGGUGUUUUGGCUGGGCAUGAUAAUCGCGUCAGCUGCCUGGGGGUGACCGAUGAUGGCAUGGCGGUGGCCACAGGAUCCUGGGAUAGUUUCCUCAAGAUAUGGAACUAACACCUCUAGAUACCAGUUGGACUCCGCCAUGACUGGAAGACCAUUCCAACCUUGGAAGAGUUACCAUGAUAGCAUAUCCAGCCCAACCAUACUAACUCGGACACCCCUCCAUCUCCCUCUCAGAACUUCAAAAGGGCAAGAUCUUUUUCCCUUCACCUAUUGCUGAAACAAAGAGCACAAUUCCCUCUACAAGAAGAAUCUCUGUGGUUGUAAACAAACAAAUUGUGCAUUCCUUUGGGACCAUUGUCAUUGUUUUCCUUUUUCUUUUUCUUUUUUUUUUCUUGAACGAAUAUAAAAAGGAAAUACUAUAAUAAAAAUGUCCACCAGAAGGUAAGGCUGAGUAAUUGUGAAACAGGCCCACAGCUGAUUUUCACUGUCUUUUAUUUAAAUUUUAGACCAGUGAUCCUGUUUUGUGAACACAAGUUGAGGACUUUGUUUUAUCUCAUAACGGUUUCAAAAUUUAAAGUCAUGUUUGUAGCAGGGUUUUGAAAACAUUCUUAUUUCCUUUUUUAAAUAGAUUACUUUAUGGUCAAUAAUGAAGCAAAACAAGAGGGUCCUGCCCAGCCUCUCUGGGAUUGUUAAUGAUGUAAAUUUAGUCCCUGAUUUUUUUAUUAUUUUUUGUCUGGUGUCUCAGAUAAUUGUUGCUGCACAAAAAUAUGGCAUAUAGAGAAUAACGUUAAGAAGUAAGGUAACCAAGCACACACAUGCUGUCAAUGACAUUGAAUGCUUGUUUCAAGAACCUUUCCCCUUUUGUGAGUAGCUUACUCCAAUCCGUCGCCCGUUUCUCUCCCCUUCUGCUUCUCUCUCCCCAUCAAUUAAGUUUUUAUCUACUUUGGGUUUCUUUGUGCAGUUGGAGGGCAUUUCCUGUACCCUAACACUACCCAGCACCCCCAACUAUCAGGAGCCUCGAUUUUCCAGAGAGAUGCCUGUCCUGUGCUUGGAUAGUCAGUCAAUUCUUUGUGUAUGAAAUGAUGUACAAAUCAAUGUUUUGGAAAUAAUGAUCUUGAACUUUCUAAGUUAAAAACAAAUUUUUGAUUGUUUGCCAUAUUGGGUGGGUUUACUCUUAGAAUCGCAUGCUGUAGAAAUGCUAAAAAAAAAAAAAAACAAAACAAAAAAAAACAAAACAAAAAAAUGCACAUAGGACUAAGUCCUUAGAUGUUUUUUUCUUUUCAGAAAUAACCUGUUUCAAGUUGUAACCAUUGCGCUCUACUUCCUUCUUGUUGCUACUCUGUGCAUAAGCCCCUGGGGGAUCCUGAUGACUCUAUGCACGCCCUGGAGUAGCCGUAACUCCUGCGGGACCGUCCUCUCUCAGUUAGUCCUUCACACACCACCCUGCCCCGCCCCGCCCCACCCUCCAUAGAACGAGUCCUUGGUAUCGAAUGGUCCUUUUUGUAAUGGCCAGGUUUUCCUGGUUUUCUUUUCAAAUAAAAUAUUACGCAGCAGCGUCUGGACAGUAGAUUGUUCUGUUAACUGCCUCCCCUCUCAUGUAUCCAGAAGUGCUCCUCCUUAGCAGCUGUAGUGGCUUCUCUCCAUUCUGUUUUUUCUGCAACAUUCUGUACAAAAAUGUGCUGUAAUCGUGCGUUAGGCCUGGACUUGGCAAAAAGAAAAAAAAGAAACCUCUCUUUCUCCCUCGCCCCUGCCCCCGCCCGUUCUCUCUCCAUGAAAUCCCUGGUAGAGCUCUCCACACCCUGUGUCCCUUUUCACCUUUUGUAUUUAAUUUUAAAGUCAGUGUACUGCAAGGAAGCUGGAUGCAAGAUAGAUACUAUAUUAAAAUGUACUGUUAUUUAAGAUGUAAUAAAGCAGUUUGACAUGA